AUGGAUAUUCCAAUUCUGUUUGAUUUGGGGCCAACGAGCUCCACGCAAUUAGGACAUACUCACAAUCAAAAUGCGAGCCUGGGCCCAGCCCUGAGCCAGAGCCAGAAUACCGUAGCAAACAAGCAAAGUUACCUGAUACCAAGAUCACUAGCGAACGGCAAUAGUCUCCAUUCCAAUGGGAGCGCAGCAGCACAAUCAAAUAGCAAUAAUGGAGGAGUUGGAAGAAAGAGGUCCAACUCAAGAUCACAGGUUAUCUCGUCACUGCUGCUACCCUCCGCUUCAGCUGCAGCUGCUGCUGCUUCAGCUACCGUGUCAGGCAAUGGGUCGUCUACGUCAGUUUCAUCGAUAACACCAGCAAGGGAAUACCCAGAUAAAAGAAUGCAGAUGCAAUACAUUGUUACGUUGAUCCCACUCAACGAGACGUUCAUAAAGAAGAACUUGCUCAUUCCAUACUACCCAGAAACAUUGAAGCUUGGUAGACCCGCUGGUUCCAAAAUCAAACCAGAGAUAAACAAUGGGUAUUUCGACUCCAGAGUCUUGAGUAGAAACCAUGCAGCUAUGUUUAUUGACCCUGAAAAUGGGAAAUUAAUGAUCAAGGAUCUUGGUUCUUCCAACGGAACCUUUGUAAACGAACUGAAAAUUGGACUGGAUCCAAUUGAAUUGAAAAUCGGUGACAUCAUUUACUUGGGAUUCAACAUUGAAGUGGAUACGAGUCACAAGAAGAUCAGUGCCAAGAUUGAAAACAUCAAUAUGAUGCCCAAUUACUUGAGAAGAGCGUCUGGGUCUUCGAUAGCGGGUAACGGCAGCAAUAACGGCAGCAACAUCAACGCCAAUAACACCGAUAGUAACUCCAGCAAAUUAUCAUCUAACAAACGUAAACUAAAUGCUUCCAAUGGUCUCACGGGAACAGACUUGAAGCAUUACAAUUUUAUUCAGAGUAUAUUCGAUAGCCAACUGCAGUCGCAACUGCAACAGAAACAUGAGCAGGAACAACAAGGCUCCUUGCCAAACACCCCAAUGUCAUUUGAAAAUGCACUCUUUGGGGAUAUUAACCCAAACUUGGAAGAUGCAAUGCUUGGUUUGAACCCAAAGGGUGGCUGUGGGAUUUUCAAUAACUCUCAAAUCACGAAUGCAGCAAACCUCGAACAAACCAUAACUAUUCUCACUAACAACUUGUCCAAAGUCAGACAGCAAAACUCUACGUUGAAAUCGUUAGAAGAAUUCGUAAAAAAGUAUCAAAGUAGACUAAACGAAAUCAACCAAGAUUAUUUGGAUCGACUGUAUAAACUGAAAUUACAAGAGUAUGAGAAUAAAUUGGAAGACGUAUCCAACUCCCAGCAGAAGACGAAGCAAGAAUUUGACAAGUACAAAAUCAAGAAGGAGCAGAAGGUUUACCAAUUGGAACAACAGAUCUUGAAAAUGAAGGGCGAGAUUGAUGUACUAGACUCAAAAGUCAAGGCAAACAAACUUGCCAUGAAGAAGGCUGAUGAAAUUGAGCAAAGUAAGAAAAAUAUAGUCAAAGAAUCUAGUAAAGAAAUUGCUCAACAAUCUCCCGAUCUUAGCAAAACUUCUGCCAGGAGCAAUGAGGAUGGAAAAGACGCAACAAAUGUACAUAAUGGUACUUCUGUUUUACUAGACAAGCCGAAUAACGAAAGUAAAACUUCAAAUAUCACUAAUAACAAAAAGAAUAAUCAAAUCAUCAAUGAAAAUGCUACUGCUGCUACUACUACUACUACAUCUGAUAACGAUACUAAUACUAAUGAGCUUAACGAAAAUUACGAAAAUAAAAAUGAAAGAAAAAACGAAAAUGCCUCAACAAGGAGCACUUUUAAAGAUUUACUUCCUCCAGUUUCGACACCUCCGACAUUAGAAUUAUCUGCAAUUAAUGCUAUUGGACAAUCAUUUUUGUCGACGCCUCCUCCCGUAUCAACAUCUCUAUUACCACUGCCUGACAUCCGAGAUGGAAUUGAAUCCAGUGGUAUUAGAGACGAUGAUAAUGAUAUUAUCGACAGUAAUUCCGUAGAUCGGGAAAAGAGAAAUGAUUCCAUUAGCGUAACUCCUCCAGUUUCGGAUGAUGAGGUUGAUAUAAUAGCAGCUAACGAAUGUGACAAUCAUGAGGCACCAGAAAGCGGGAACGAGACCAAAGCAAACAAAAACGAUAUACGAGAAGCACUGGAAUCUGGCAUUAUUGAAGACAAAGAACAAGACUCCUACCCCACUAGGAUGCUUUCUUCUUCAGACUACAAAUCCCCGCACCAACAAGAACUUGUUCCAAUUAGAACAAUUGCAUUUGUGGGAUUUUCUGUAGUCUUGUUGUACUUUUUUGUCAAUUAUAGACCAACAGUGUUUUAA